AACGCACUUUCAUUAGCUGACGAGAUAAGAUGUAAGCGACGAGAGUAUAUUGUACGGUGUCACACAGUACAGUAGAUUACAUUUGUCGAACGGAAAAUAAACUUGUGAUCUGCAGAGUGUUAUCGGUGUAGCUUAACAAAUAGACAUUAAAAUGUUCCGAUAUUGCGACAUGCUAAUUCGUUGCGCUGUUUGGCGUUCGUCGUUGACAGAGAGGAAAUUUCUCACAGGAAAUGUUUUGAAUUAUUCUACUAAACCUUGUUAUCCAUUGGAAGGAAUUAAGAUUCUGGAUCUGACACGAAUCGUUUCUGGACCGUAUUGUACAAUGGUUUUGUCAGAUCUAGGAGCAGACGUCUAUAAGGUUGAGCGACCUGUGCAUGGUGACGAAUCGCGCAAGUGGGGUCCACCGUUUUUGAAAGAUUCAGAGGAUGCCGUUUACUUUAUGGCAGCGAAUCGAAAUAAGAAGAGCGUAUGCGUAGAUUUGAAGAAGGGUAAAAAUGUGAUUUAUGAUCUCGCUCGAAAAUGCGACGUGCUGGUUGAGAAUUAUGUUCCCGGAAAGUUGGAUGAAAUGGGACUUGGUUAUGAAAGUAUCAGAGAGGUUGCUCCAAGGUUGAUCUACUGUUCAAUUACUGGAUAUGGUUCGACAGGUCCGUACAAAACUAAACCAGGCUAUGACGUCAUCGCUGCAUCAAUUGGAGGUCUUUUGCAUAUAACAGGAAAUGAAAAUGGACCACCUGCAAAAGUUGGAGUGGCAAUUACCGACAUAGCAACCGGACUGUAUGCUCAUGGAGCAAUUUUGGCUGCUUUACUGCAGCGCAGUAAGACGAACCGUGGUCAGAAAAUCGAUGUAAAUUUACUUUCGACUCAGGUUGCAUGUUUGAUUAAUGUGGCCAGCAAUUAUUUGAAUGCAGGCAAGGAUGCAAAACGGUGGGGAACUGCUCAUGAAAGUAUUGUUCCCUACGAAGCGUUUCAAACGAAUACGGGCUACAUAACGAUUGGUUGCGGAAGUAAUGCUCAAUUCGAAGCCCUCUGCGUUUAUCUCGGAAUAGCGGAAGUGGCACAAGACGAACGAUUUAAAACUAAUCAAACUCGGGUUAAGCAUCGCCAGGAGCUGAUUUCUAUUUUGUCAGAGAUAAUCAAACAACGUAGCUCCUCCGAAUGGAUGACUAUUUUUGAACACGCUCCGUUCCCAAUAGGGCCGAUCAAUAGUAUGGCUGAAGUGUUCCAAGAUCAACACAUUCAAGAUAUUGGGAUUGUCAAAAGCUUACAACAUUCCACUGCUGGUGAGGUGAAGGUGGUUGGACCUCCAGUUGUUUUCAGUGAAGCCAGCAACUGUGCGAGAACAGCACCACCUUUGCUAGGGGAGCACACCCAUCAAGUUCUGCACGAGGUGCUAAACUACAGCGAUGAGCAGAUCGAACAACUACGUAAAAGCCAUAUUAUUCAAUGAUAUUUCUCCGGUGUUAGCAAGAUAUGGAAUUCAAGGAUAAGCAUUUAUAUUAUAGCUCUAAUAAAGUUUUAUCAAACACUAGCAUGUACGUGAUUAUAUGUUAUUCAAAUGAAUAGUUGUUAUGCACAACUUGUUAUGUCACUAGAUGAUUAAAAAGUAAUGAUCGCACCUAAAAUAUCCAAAAUCACACAGACUAGGGAUAAGCGGAUGACCACAAUGGUUGAGGCCUUAAUAAACAAGUAAAACAACACAUACUUGGGACGAGCUAUAUCGAGACUUUGUAUGCUAUUAACUAAAAAUCAAUUUUGUACAUGAGGUUUGGUGUUUUCGCGAUAGGCAAAAAAGCUA